AUGGAAGAUAAAAGCGAUCAAACGGUGAAAUUUGUUCAGUUAAUUGAAAAUUAUCAGUGUUUAUAUAAUCAUACAUUAGCUGAACACUCUAGAAAAGAUGUUACCGAAAAAGCUUGGUCUGCAAUAGGUCAAAAAAUGAAAUGGACAGAAUCAACAUUAGUACAUUAUAAAGAAUAUUUACCACUUUACGUCAGUAGUGAUGCAUCGGCAAGAGGAGCAGGAGCGGUGCUAGCUCACAAAAUGCCCGACGAUACCCUAAGACCUGUUGCAUUCACAUCCCGUACUUUUACAGACGUAGAAACCAGAUAUUCGACAAUUGAUAAAAAAGCAUUAGCUAUUGUCUAUGCGGUAACAACAUUUCACCAAUAUCUGUACAGACGACAUUUUUAUCUUUUAACCGACCAUAAACCGCUAGAACGUAUUUUUAGUCAUAAACGCGAAACACCAAAAAUAGCAAGUAAUCGAUUGUUAAGAUGGGCGAUGUUAUUGAACAGUUAUAAUUACGCUUUGUCAAGAUUACCUAUCUAUGAAGAUACACCAAGUAAAAAUGAAGCGAUUGGUCUACCAAAGCGAGGACAUCUGCUGCACCUACGAGUUAAACAUCUGCCGAUGUCAAGAAAAGAAUUACAGAAAGAAGUUUUUAAGGAUCACGUGUUGUGCAAAAUAAUACCAUAUAUUAAAACAUAUUGGCUUGAUAAAGAUAUACUUCCAAAUGAACUGAUCCCAUAUUACGAAAAAAGGGAUGAGCUAUCGUAUGAGGAAGAUAUGAUUCUUUGGAAGGGAAGGAUAUGUAUUCCAGAAAAACUUCGCAAAACAAUAUUAAAGAUGUUGCAUGAGGGACACCCGGGAAUCACAGGAAUGUAG